UGUUGCGAUAUAUUACGCGAACGCGGUGUUAUUCGAGCACCGAGUUCCUACUGAAUAUUACUGGGAUAACCGCGACUCCGGCGAGGUAACGUGAAGUGACAAGUGCCAAACAACGAUUUGAACGAUGGAAGGUGAAAAACGAUGGUGGAAUCAUAUGAUGGAGAUAGAAACUGGAAAUCGUAUGAUAGGAAAUGAAUACGAUACGUUUCCCAAGGAAUUAUUUCCUGAUUAUCCGUUCUUAAUAGACGAGGACGAGAAUUCACGGCUGAUGGAUAUAAUUGACAAUAUUUCAGCAGAGGAUUUAAACGCAGUGUACAAUUCCAUUUGUAAUAAUCAAGAAAAUAACGAAACAACUAUGCUUGUAGAAGAUCUGCUUGCAACCUCGCUACAGUCAUUAUCUCACGAGGAUUACUUAACGACACCUAGCAAAAACAUAUAUAUGUAUGAUGAUAUGAUUGAAAUAAAUAAGAAACCUAGUGAAUUAAAAGAAGAAAAACAAGAAAUUGGAUCUGAAAUAUUUGGUAAUGCAGUAAAAAUGGAAAUAGAGGAUGAACAAGAAAAGGACGAAGUAUUUAAGCCUCCAACAAGUAAUACUCUGCCUAUGUUGUCUUAUGUAAAAAAUAAAAAUAAAGCAAACAUCAAGACAAAAAAUACAAAAGGGAAAAAGAAAAUGAAAGAAGAUAUAAUACCAAUUAAAAAUACAAUAACAAUUAAAAAAAUUAAAGCAGAGGAGCAAGAAGAUUGUGUAGAUGUUGAAACGAUACCACGAGAUGAAAUACCAAUAUUAGAAGCAUACGAUGCAAAGAGUUUGUUAGAAAAAUUUGAGGCUUGCGAGAAUCCAAAUCCAUGCAAUAAAUCGACCAUUAAAAAUGAUCAUACAUAUGACACUAGAACAAACAAAACAUGUCAAAUGAUUCAAGAGUGCAACGCUAACAUAUCGGAGAAAUCCGUUUCUCAAGCUUCCAAUCAACAGCCUUCAAUCUUAUCUAAAAAAAUAAUCAAUAAAACAAAGCUGUCAGAAUGUAGAAAAACUAGUCCGAAAAUUGCUACGCUAAAUAUACAAAGUAAUAAACGUAAGAGUACACGAAUGCAAGACAGAGUUUCCUGUAACAAGAUUUUGAAGAUAGAUUCUACAGUAUCGGAUGAUAUUAAAAGUAGAACAGUCAGUAGAACUUUAGUACAGUUGGAUCACGAUUAUUGUAAUAAUGAUAACUUUCGUGCCAAGAGCUACAAUAGCAACAAAACAAAACAUAUAUCUGUAUUAAAAUCGAGCCAAAAUGAAAAUCCGGAUGGUCCCAAUCAACACGAAAGACAUCACAAAACUGAUAAUUCAAAUGAACAAUGCCAUCUGGAGUUGGUCAAUAUAUAUAACGGAAAUGGAAAACCAGCAGUCUUACAAAAUGAAAUCAAAGAUAAGUGGCUUGAAAAUGAUCGUAAAGAUUGUCAAAAAGAGACUUCUCUCAAACACUCUCACAACUUAAAUUCAUCUGUUAGAAAGAUAAAUAUUUCAAAUGCGUCUCCAACCAUCAAACCUCUUCUCCUUUCUAUUCGUUCACCUUUAGCUAGAAAAAUCAUUCUGCAAUCACAAAAACAUAUAUUACCUAAAACGAAUAGUAUACAAACGAGUCCUAAAACGCAAUAUAUUUCCGUACUGAAGAAUCCACCAAAUGCAUCACAAUCACAGUUCUCAAUAAAUAAUCCUAACAAAAAUAUGGUAACUAUUAUGAAUAAUUCAAAUAAUGAAAUACAAAAUAUAAUUGGACAAAAUACUCAAAAUACGGCACCACAUGAAGAAGACAAGACAUCUCGUGUUAAAAUUAGUGUAUUAGAAUAUCGAAAAAGAAUACUGAACGAUAAAACUCGUAAUGACAAACCCAUGAUAAUGAAAGAAUCAUCUCGAACUAUACUAGUGGAUAUUUAUCAUGCUUCAACUAUGAAAUUACCACUCAGACCUGAUCAAGAAAUAAAGGAUACAUUUUACUGUCAGAGAGAAAUUAUGCCAUGUUGGAAAAAAGAAUCAGAUAUACAAGAAGAAAAAAAUAAGCCAAAACCAUCUACUCGCAAUGUACAAACAGAAACGGACGAAAAUAUUUUUGAAUAUUUAAAAUCAGUAGAUGUUGAGGAGGAAGAGAGAGAUGCGAAAAUUAUGGAAAUAAACAAAAAAAGGGAGGAAAAUACAACAAAUAAAAAACAGAAAUCCUGCGAAAGAGUCUCUCACAGUUUGAGUCGAUCUAGCUCAAAAAGCAGAAGGUGUACAACAAGCGAAAGCAAUAGCAGGAGUAGAAGCAGUAGUAGGAGUAAGAGUAGAGACAGAAGAAGUAGGAGCAAAAGUCAAAAUCGAAGCAGAAGGAGAAGUAGAAGCAAGACAAGAAAUAGGAACAGAAGCAGAAGUGUUUGUACAAGCACAAGCAAAAGCAGAAGUAGCAGCAAAAACAAGAGUAGCAGUAGGAGUAGAAGUAGAAGUAGGAGUAGAUCUCGAGUAGAUCGACGUAGCAGCCGACGAACAAUAAGUCAUCGCACGCGACGUAGCUCUGUCACCUCAACAAGCAGUUGGUCGUCUCCCGCAUCUAUUUCAAUGAGAUCAAAGCAUUCGUAUUCACGUUCUAGCUCUCGAUCCGACAUCCGAUCUAGAUCUAGAUCCAGAUCUAGAUCUCCCGAACAGUUUUAUUCUAAACGAUCAAGAUCUCCCUCGACUUCGAAUCUUCGAAGAAAUAAAUGGUCUAAUAAACGAAGAAAGGAUAGUAGGGAUCGUGAAAGAAGUUAUGAUAAAUAUGACAGACGCGAAAGAAGUUAUGAUAAAUAUGAGAAACGUUCCUUAGCCAAUCGUCAUGUCAAUAGAAGUUAUAGAUCACCGCUAGAUUCUUAUUCCGAGGCUUACGAUGAUUGGCACAACAGAAAAAAACAAAGAGAAAUAGAAGAACGAAGAGUGGUAUAUGUAGGCCGUAUAGACGAAGGAAUUACCAAAUCUGAUCUACGUAAAAGAUUUGAGAUUUUUGGACCUGUUGAAGAUAUCAGUGUACAUUUUCGUGAACAUGGCGAAAACUACGGUUUUGUCACUUUUGUAUACAACAAUGAUGCUUAUGAAGCCGUGGAACAUGGUAAUGACAAUCCGUCUUUACCCGAAUAUACUCUAUCUUUUGGAGGACGCAGAGCGUUUUGCAAAUCCAAAUACGCCGAUCUUGACAAUGUAGAAAAUGGUGCCCCUAAGAGGAGAUCUCAUAUAAAUGAAGACAUGUCCUAUGAUUAUCUCUUAAAGUCAACAGCAUAUAUGCUCAAAAGAAAAGUUUGA